UCUCGAUAGAUAAAACGUUAAUUUUUUGUACAGGAAUAAGUGUGGAUAAGUGUGAUAGGAAUAAAACUCCAAACGGACUCGUUAUUGUACAUUUGGUGUUUCUUUUUUAUGAAUUACGGCGCUUACACAGCUUGUACCUGUUUGUACAGUUACAUGUCAAUAUGGCUACAAAGCAGGCGCUGGAGGCGUGCGACGUUACAAAAAUCGUGAAUAAUUCGACGAAACCAGAGAGGAUUUUGUUGUUUAGCGGCAAAAGGAAAUCUGGAAAGGAUUACAUUACUGAUAUCUCAUACAACAGAAUAGGUGCACAAAGGAGUACAAUUAUACGCUUAUCAGGACCUAUAAAAACGCAUUGGUCAAAAUCUCUGGGUCUCGACAUCAAUCAAUUACUAGGACAUGGGAAAUACAAGGAGAAGUAUCGAUUGGAAAUGACCAAAUGGGGUGAGGAUAUGAGAAGAAAGGACUAUGGAUACUUUUGUCGCGCUGCUAUUGACAUGUAUAAUGCAUGGGACAAGCCAGUGUGGAUAAUAAGCGACGUCAGAAGAAAAACUGACAUCAAAUGGUUUAUAGAAAACUUCGAGGAUGCAUGUAGGACUAUACGUAUAGUUUGCUCCGAGGAAGUUAGGCAGAAACGUGGCUGGGUUUAUACACCAGGCAUAGACGAUUCAGAAACAGAGUGCGAUUUGGAUGACGUAAGUAAUUGGGACGUCGUGCUAGAGAAUAACGAUAAUAGCGACAUAGAAGCUAUACUGCAGCAGUUGUUAGGCCUCAUCAGCUAGCAAAAAUUUCUUUCUAUCCUGUCAAAUGUGCAAUAAACAAUGUUUCG